AUGGAAAAUCCCAUGACAAAACGCCAAAAUCACACUCUCUCUUCAUACAAAACCGCUACUCUUCUAAACAGUUUUACCCAACGUUUUCUUCUUGUCUUUAUAUCUCACACCUUUCUUACACAUCCCUUUCUCAAUAUAAACCCCUCGCAUCUUGCAAUUCUCUUUAAGCUUAAGAGAUUCACAAAGAUCAACACUGCUAUGAAUUCAGAGAAGCCAGUCAGCCCUGAGAAUUUAAGUGAUGAAAAUGAUGAAGAAGAAGCACAAGAUGACAGUGGUGGAACCAAACGCUCUUAUGAGUGCACAUUCUGCAAAAGAGGCUUCACAAACGCUCAGGCUUUGGGGGGUCAUAUGAAUAUCCAUAGGAAAGACAGGGCCAGGGCCAAGCAAUUCACACUUGAAGCUUCACCUUCAAUUAACAAAUUCAACACUGAUGAAUCCAUAGUCUUUCCUUUUGCCUCACAAACUUUAAACCAACCCGCAAGGUCUAAUUACUCCAUUUUGGAGUCCCAGAGGAACUGUGACAGACACUUUCAUCCACCACCACCUGCAAGUGCCUUUUAUUACGACUUUUAUGACCCAAGGUCUCGGUCUUUGAGUUUCAACCAAGAGCUUCGCGGUGCCAACCUCAGUCUCCAAAUUGGUCCAAGUCAUCAUGUGGGUGAUGAUAUUCAUCAAGUCAGAGGAAACCAGAAAGAUAGUGAAGUGGACUUGGAGCUCAGACUUGGACAUCAUCCAUAA